UAAGCAGAAGCGUCAUAACCUCAGUACUGUCUACUCAUUUUAAUCUAUGGUAGUGGUAGUAAUACCGUAAUACGUAAUUCAUUUCGUUUGUAUUGUAAUUGUAAGUUCCUCCUAGGUAGGCUAUAAUAACUUAGCUAGCACUGUCUAUCGCUAUUCUAAUAUAACUUCAAAUAUUUAUGUCUAACAUAGGAUUUAUCUGUUUCUGUUAGUGUUCAUAAAUCUGGUUAUACUUAGCAAGAAAACAAUAUGUCCUUAUCUACCGUAACAUCCAAGUUCCAUAUCAACUUGGUAAGUAGAUCGUAUAACUGUUUCAUGAAUUUUUAUUUCAAAUAUUGUACUUCGGAAUCAUCAAAAUUUCACAAGGAUGAGAGCAAAAAUGAGACUCAUUUUGGAUUUCAAACAGUACCGGAGAGUGAGAAAGUGAAAAAAGUAUAUGAAGUAUUUGAAAAUGUUGCAGACAAAUAUGAUCUAAUGAAUGAUGUUAUGAGUUUUUGUACCCACCGAAUAUGGAAGGACAUUUUCAUUCAACGAUUGGGACCAACACCUGGAACACAUUUACUAGAUGUUGCUGGGGGCACUGGUGACAUUGCUUUCAGGUAUUUAAAAUAUUUAAGGAAUAUUCCUAAGUCGAACAAAACCUCUAUAUCAUACGAAAAAAGUUCAGUUACCAUCUGUGAUAUUAAUAAAGCAAUGCUGAAUGUAGGCAAAGAAAGAGGAGAUAAAUUAGGUUUCAGAGAUCCAGAAAUAAAAUGGAUAGAGGGAGAUGCAGAGAAUCUUCCUGUUGACAACAAUGUUUUCACUGCAUAUACAAUAGCUUUUGGUAUCAGAAACUGCACUCAUGUAGACAAAGUAUUAGAUGAAGCCUAUCGAGUUCUUAAACCUGGGGGACGGUUUAUGUGCUUAGAGUUUAGUCAUGUCAACAAUGAAGCUCUCCAGUGGUUGUAUGAUCAGUAUUCUUUCCAAAUCAUACCAGUUUUGGGGCAGAUAGUUGCUGGGGACUGGAAGUCAUAUCAGUACUUGGUUGAGAGCAUCAGAAAAUUUCCUAAUCAAGAAGAGUUUAAAGAAAUGAUCCAGGCGUCUGGAUUUAGCUCUGUGUCGUAUGAAAAUUUGACUGGUGGUGUUGUAUCUAUCCACUCUGGCUUUAAGUUGUAAACAGUCAUGAUUGUUGACUAAGAUUACCAAACCACUGUUGACUGUACAGUCAAACACACCUAAGAAGGCACUUCGCAGAGGGGUGAAAACGUUGUACCGUACUAUCCUCGAAUUAAACUUUAGGCCUUAUACUCGACCACUCACCUGGUACGGUACUAAUGGACUUAGUGGUGUCUUGCAAGAAACCUAUUCAAUAACAUCUAGGUAGUUCAUUGCUAAUAUUACACAUUGUGUUUAGUAGCCUACUAUUUUCCUUGACUUUUCUAAAUUUUUAAAUAUAUAUUUACAUAAAAUACAAGCAUUGUUAAAAAUAGAAUUGUUUGCGUGCAACAGCUACUAACUGUCAGGGGUGUGAUAAGGGCUGGUAGCUGGCAAUUCGGUGGCAAAACCAAUACUUUUGGGACGGCAUUAUUUCCCCCCAUAACUGACCCCUUACUCUAUCCUCUAUCCUUUCCUAUAGCACCGGGCACAGGUGCCUUCUUAGGUGUGUUUGCCUGUACAGUACCUAACUUAUGUUGAUGUAGCCUAAAUAAUUUUUUUGAAUAAUAAUUCAGAUGACAAUGUU